AUGGCUCCCAAGGAGGGCAUGCUGCCCCCUGGCUGGGACGAUCUUGACAGGCAGAUGGGGCAGCUCUUUAUGAUGGGCUUUGAUGGAACAUCUGUCAGCCCUGAAAUUCGCUCUCUCAUUGAGAAUUAUCAUCUAGGCUCAAUCCUGUUAACUGCUAAGAACUUAAAAUCUGCAGAAGAGGCGACUCGAUUAGUUAUGGAGUUGCAAAUGAUUGCCCGGGAUGCUGGCCACCCGGUGCCGUUGCUUAUAGCUCUCGACCAGGAAAAUGGCGGGGUUAACAGUUUGUACGACGAGAUCUACAUUCGUCAGUUCCCAAGUGCAAUGGGCGUUACGGCGACGGGAUCAAAAGCUCUAGCCCACGAUGUUGCCUUUGCUACAGCCCAAGAACUUAAAGCUGUCGGUGUCAAUUUCAUCCUUGGACCAGUGCUAGAUGUCUUGACGAAUGUACGAAACCAACUUAUGGGCGUUCGUACCUGCGGUGAUGAUCCACAAGAAGUGUCACAGUAUGGGGUAGAGUUCAUGAAAGGCUACCAGAAAGCCGGGCUAGUGACCUGCGGCAAACACUUCCCUUCGUAUGGAAACCUAGAAUUUUUGGGUUCCCAAACGGACGUUCCCAUUAUCACCGAAACUUUGGAGCAACUAAGUCUAACGGCGUUGGUCCCAUUUCGAAACGCCAUUGUCCAUGGGCUCGAUGCGAUGAUGGUGGGAGGUGUUUCCAUGUCAUCUGCUGGAGUCAAUGUCAUGCAUGCCUGUUUGAGUGAACAGGUUGUGGAUGAUAUAUUACGGAAGGACAUGAAAUUUGACGGUGUUGUUGUUUCAGAAUGUCUGGAGAUGGAGGCGCUUACCCAUAAUAUUGGUGUCGGCGGCGGGACAGUGAUGGCCAAAAAUGCGGGUUGCGAUAUAAUAUUAUUGUGCAGGUCGUUCCAGGUCCAGCAAGAGGCUAUCAACGGAUUGAAACUUGGUGUGGAGAACGGCAUCAUUGACCGAAUUCGAAUAGAACAGUCACUGCGGAGGGUCUUAGCAAUGAAAGCAAGAUGCACCUCAUGGGAGCAGGCCCUUAAUCCAGGGGGGCUUCCUUCCCUUACUCAAAUGCAACCAUCUCACACCAGUCUCUCAACAAAAGCAUACAGCAAUUCCAUCUCGGUUGUGCGUGAUAAGAAAAACCUGCUGCCACUAUCCAAUAUCCUAAGUCCCAGUGAAGAGUUGUUGCUUUUGACACCGUUGGUAAAGCCUUUGCCAGCAUCUGCUGUAUCGCGCUCCGUGACUGAGCAGCUGGAGAUGUCAGUUGAUGCAGUAGCUUGGGAUAGAACGGCAUCCGUGCUCAGUGGCGAAAGUGUCUUCAAGGAGCUAGGAAGGUCUCUUUCACGUCACCGAAAUGGUCGUGUUUUACACACAUCCUACACAUCGAACGGUGUUCGCCCAAUUCACGAGAAUCUUAUUGACCGAGCCAGUGCAGUUAUCAUUGUCACUGCAGAUGCAGUCAGGAAUAUCUACCAGCAAGGGUUUACUAAACACGUAUCUAUGAUCUGUAGAUCACAGUUUACUCCGUCUGGCGAGCCGUUGGAGAAGCCUUUAGUUGUGGUUGGCGCUAGUUCACCCUACGACUUUUCCUUGGACGCGAGCAUCGGAACCUAUGUUUGCACAUAUGAUUUUACGGACACGGCUCUGGAAGCACUAGUGAAAGUUUUGUACGGGGAGUUGGCACCGAAGGGAUCCCUACCGGGCUCCUUCAGCCGCAGCCAGAAGCUCCAUCAGGCAAGGCAACACUGGCUUGUGGAAAAUUGGAACGAGGAGAGAGAUUUCGAUGCUUUGGAUUCGCUCCUAGCUACAGCUAGAGAGGAUACUCGAGGACAACGCUCAGAAUUAUUGGGUGUUACACCUAAUAGCUUCCUUUUGCGGAGAGACGACAUCGACGAGGCUCAUUUCGUUGUUCGAAACAGCACUACCAGAGCUCUCUACGGCUUCUGUUCGACCUAUUUCUUCCGAGCCACGGGCAUAGGAGUCAUUGGGUCACUAAUUGUCGACCCGUCAAGGCGUAAACUCUCCAUUGGGAAUUCUCUACACAACCGCGCUAUCCGGACACUCAUGCAACGCAAAGGGCUGAAGCGGUUCCAACUUGGUUCUCGCUUGCCCGGAAUCUACCUAGGCAUUCCCGCCGCAAACCCCGUCGAACGAAAGCAACUGCGCCAGUGGUUCGCAAACCUAGGCUGGAACACAGCCCUGUCUCGACCUGUCUGCAGUGUCAUACUCCGCAGUUUGCAAACUUGGACACCACCCGAUGGCCUAGUCUGCAGCAUACAAAAUGCAGACGUAACUUACGAUCUUGUUCACGGAUGGGACUAUGCGGACUCAAUCAUUGACCACGUGAAGACUAAUUCCCGGCAAGGCGUGAUAGACAUCUAUAAACUCGCCUUGGGCGGAGCACCGCAUUGUGGCAUCAUUCGGGCUAGACGACCCAAAGAUGGGGCAAUCCUCGGCAGCGUGGUCAUUUACAAUGAACAAGCGAGCUUAGCAGAGUACAUGCCCGGUAUGAAAGCUACACAUGCAUCGACAGGAGGUAUUUCAUCGCCAGUGAUUUCGCCAUCGGUUGGAGAAUAUUCAACGCUCCUGCAGGGUUUGGUCCUGUUGGGGAUCAAGCAGAUACGGAGACAGGGCGCUGAAGCCGUUAUUAUAGACUGCGUGGAUGCGGAUAGUAACUUUGACUGGUUGACAGAGCUCGGCUUUAGCACGCUGCAUAGUUUCGAGGAAGUUAACUGUGACGCGGCGACGUGGACGAUGGUACCUGGAUCCUGA